UAGAUUUUACUGUAUUGGUUAUGUAAAUAAGUUAUUUUUAUUUUUUUCAUAAUAUAGUUUUCAUAUAUAUGUUUCCUAGAAAGAGUUUCUCUCUAUGUAUCUCUAAUCAGUAUAAAAUGCUCUUUCUCUAUCCCAUUUUCAAUAUCAAAAUUUUCUGCAAUCAAAUAAUCAUUGUAUUAACAUAACCCUCUUCUUCUUUUUUCAUAAAUCAUGGCAAAAUUAGUUUGUUUGUGUCUGUUCAUCUCCAUGCUUGUUCUCUCUGCAUUUUUGGCUUUGCCAAGUGCAGAUGGAGCGGAGAUAAGAAGGUGUAGUGUGGUGUUGAACCUAAGCAAGCCAUGCACUUUUCAAGAAUGCCAACCACUUUGUAUUCAGAAGUACAAGGGGACUGGCGUUUGUCUCGGAGAUAACAUUAAGAACUCUAAAUGCAAUUGUGAAUAUAAUUGCUAAGCUUAAUAAUUAUAUAUAAUAUGACACAAAAUCUUUAUUAUCACAUGAAUAAUAAUCUUUUUUUUUUUAAUAUAAACCUUGCGGUAAAAUACUAAACAUGCAUUUUGCUAACCAGAUCCGUAUAUGCAAAUCACGGUUGAAUAAAAUAUGUCCAAUCUCGGUGAUAAUCGGUGCUAACAAAACGUGGCACGAG